AUGUCAACGUCGAUCGGGAACACGGCGAUUAAGCGCAUCCGAGCGGAUGUUCGUGAGAUGAUGACAGACCCCAGUGAUCAGUACUCUGCCGCGCCACUGGAAGACAACAUGUUCGACUGGCACUUUACGAUUCGUGGUCCGCGUGACACGGAGUUUGCCGGUGGAGUGUAUCAUGGACGCAUCCUUCUGCCGUCGGACUACCCUUUCAAGCCUCCCAACAUCAUCCUUCUCACGCCAAACGGCCGCUUUGAAGUGAAGAAGAAAAUCUGCUUGAGCAUCUCCGCGUACCACCCCGAGCACUGGCAACCUGCGUGGGGCGUGCGGCUGAUCCUUGAAGCGUUGAUCAGCUUCAUGCCGACAAAGGGAGAAGGUGCCAUAGGUGCGUUGGAUUUUACUCCUGAAGAACGAAAAGCCCUAGCAUUGGAGUCGGUGCGGUGGACGUGCCCUCAAUGUGGCGAUAUCAACGCCCUUAUCCCAGAAGAGAGAGAACGCGAGGAUGCCACAGAGUCAAAGUAUGCCUCACAGAUCGCCCAAUUGCACAUUCACAACAUGGAGGCUCCUUCGACCUCGGACACCACUCCUUCCGACGAGACCGCCGAGAUUUCAGAUACCGCGAUUCCCUCUGCUGCUCCAGAGAUCGACCCUUCACCAGCUGCUCCAAGUGACACCAACGCACUGCAUGCUCAGGACUUAGCUCCAUCACCACCACUGCGUGACACCACACGUGCACCAACCCCAUCUCCAACUCGUCGUCCAGCGUCUGCAGCUUCUCGACCAGCGCCCCAACCAGCGUCAGUGGCUCCCACGCCACCCCGUCGCCAACCCGACUUUGUCGACAGCGUGCUGCAAGGCAUUUCGACGGCGCUUCUGCUCGCGUUGGUCGCGCUCGUGUACAAGAAGCUGCUGCAAUGGAACGGCAACAUGAUUGCCGACUAA